AUUUAUGAAAAAAUUGAUUUAAUGAAUCAAAAAUUAACUCAAAUGUUUGUCUUCAUUCAUAUAUAGCUUUGAAUACAAGACAGAAAACAAAGACAAACCAAUGCGAGUGUGUGUUAUAGGCGCGGGUGCGGGCGGUCUGUGUGCGGCCCGACAUCUAUCACAAUAUCACUCAUUAUUCACUUUUGAUGUCUACGAGAAGACAACAAAAGUGGGCGGCGUUUGGAAUUACACCGAUUCGGUCGGUUUGGACAUCAAUGGACUCCCAAUACACACGAGUUUGUAUAAGAAUAUGAACUAAUAUUCCGAUGGAAAUCAUGGAGUUUCAAGACUUUGCCUCCAAAUGUGAGACAUCGUUCGUAUCGCAC